GUGGGUGGGUGGGGCGCGGGAGGUUGAGAAUAGAAGCGCACAGCGCAGCGGGCGUCGCGCCGAGCGAAAACACGUGCAGCGUGCAAGCGUGCAGCGCACGGGGCUCCUCCCAAAGCGGAGCGGGAGGCCCUGGGACCCUGGGGCUUGGAGCGUUCGGAGGUCGCCCCACCGGGAUUUUCGGGGCAGAUGCGGCCCCGCCUGUGGCUCUUGGCGCCGGCGUUGCCUCUGGAUGUACCACCGCAAGGUAUCUUUUCGUUGGUCGCACCGCGCUGGAGUUGCUGCUGACAAUCGGGGUCCGAUCCGAGCACCUCUUCGACUGCGUGUUAAUAAGCGGCCGCCUGCCUGGUUUUGCACCUGCUUGAGCGAUUGCUCUCACGUGCUGCUCCCCUUGCCGGUCGGUCUGCUCCGGCGCUGUGCCUCAGGCCUGGCUGCCUCGCUGAGACUGCUGAGAUUGCUGAGACCGGGGUCGCACGGGAUAGUGGUUCGGUUGGCCACCCAACAAGCCGCUUCCCCCCGCUGUGAGCGAAGGCUUUGGAUCUUUUCGAGAGCCUGUGCUUCGGCACCCAGCAACGAGUCCGGUCGAGAGUCGGGAGAGAUGGUGGAAGAGGGAAGAGCAAGAGCGAGGUUGCUGGCUGGUUUUUAUCCAGCUGUCGUCCUUCUCGUUGCCAUGGGGCGGACCCGUCCCUUUUAUAUCCCCGGCCUUUGCCUGAGGCCAUUCCAUCGCUCGCCCCCAUACAUCGGACCGUAGCUAUCUCUUGGAUGAGUGAGUCGAGAUGGGAUAUGACGCUGUAUCACCCACGCCGCCUUUUGACCCUCAUUUCAUCACUGCCUGGUCUCAUCUCGUGAUUCCAUCUCCGUCUCUGUGCCCCGACUUCUCCCACUAUCGGCG